AUGCCAGCCCUCGUUGGCGAGAUCACCAUAGGCAUCCUCGCCGGGCCGCACGUGGGAAAGCUGGUGCCUGAAGCCGAUGCCCUGAUGCUGGAGGGAGAGCUGGCCCUGGUGCUGCUUAUGAUCGAAGCUGGGCUUCAUGUGGAUAUGGAGAUGAUACAGAUUGUUGGCUUACGAGCACUCGCUGUUGGACUGAUCGGGUCCUUCUUGCCUAUGGGCCUAGGCGCGACCGUGACAGCCACCUUUUUCCUAAAACUAGAGCUGAUGGAAGCCUUCGCCAUUGGAGCAUCCAUGGCAACCAUGUCUACAGGCAUUGCUCUCAAUGUGAUGAAGGCUGGAGGGGUGUUGAAUCAGCCGACAGGGCAGCUGGUGCUGGCUGCUGCGACAGUGAACGAACUGGUGAACAUUGGGCUGAUCACAGAAAUCGAUGCGAUCGUGGCCGACGGCCCCUGGCAGACCUAUGCUCCUUGGAUGAUCAUGCUUCUGCUCGUGGCCUUCAUGAGCCUCUUGGCCGUGCAAAUCGUGCCUUGCUUGCUGGACAAGGUGAUCUUGCCGAGGAUUGCCAGAGGCAAUCGCGAGAAUUUGGUUCUGGGCAUGCUUCUGGUGGCUACGGCAGUGUACAUGCCUGUGUGCAAGUACACUGGUUCCUCAGCGCUUUUAGGCGCAUUUUUAGCUGGCUUCUGCUUUUGCACAGACGAGCACGUGCAUCACACCUGGCAUCGUCAGGUAAAGCGCAUCGCCACGUUUCUGAUGCGCUUUUUCUUCGCCUGCAGCAUUGGGUUCACGAUCCCCGUUGAAGACUUCGGCGACGGCGAAGUUUGGGGGACGGCGCUUGCUUUGUUCGCGUGGCUUGCCAGUUCAUGCCCCCCAUUAUUUGAAGCUGAGGCGUGCUAUCCAGGCUUUCAUGAGGUUUCUGUCGACAGGCUGCAAGCAACAGCUGAUUCGUGGCACAGGAAUGCCCAGAAAAUCCCAGAAAGGUCCACGUGUUUGGAAAAACCAAUCGUUCCGGCUUUCGUCAGAAAUUGGGUGGAUACUGACUGGCCCAAACUUCAUGUCAUCUUCGAGAAGACGGGGGUGGCAGUUGUGACCAUGCUGUUGCUCUGCCUCUUGCUCAGGUGCAUACUGGGUAAACUCGCCAUGGGCAUUUUUGCUCUGCCGCUGACCAAGAACGAACUCCUCACGCUGAGCUUUGCCUGGGGGAGCUGGGGCGAGUUUUCCUUCAUCCUGGCCCUCCGAGCUGUUCGAGGGAACUUGCUGGAUGGAAAGAAUUACAGCGCUUUGGUCCUCGCAGUUCUGAUAUCUAUCAUCAUAUGCCCAACCGCACUGCGCUGCGUGCUCACUCGGAGUGCGAGGGAAGCGAACGAAAGCAUCGAGCUUGCGAAGCACGAGACAGAUGCCUGUGAAGAAGGCAUGGUCCACUGCGCCCCUUGGCUCCAAUCAGCUGUCAAGUAG